AUGUGUCAAUCUAUAAAUGCAGGAGGACUUGGCUUUAGGAAAAUUCAUGAAUGGAACCAAGCUGCCAUGGGGAAGUACAUUUGGGCAAUAGCUCAGAAACAUGACAGUUUAUGGCUGAAAUGGAUCAAUAGUGUAUACCUCAAGGAACAUGAAUGGUGGAGUUACAAGGCUCCUCCUCAGAGUAGUUGGUACUGGAGGAGACUUGUGAAUCUGAAGGAUCACUUCCGAGACAUAGCUGGCCAUCAGAAUUGUACUCAGCAACAAAAUUACCAGGUAAAAACUGGUUAUUCUUUUCUCUGUCCUGAUCAGGACAAGGUGCAGUGGUCUCAGCAAGUGUGGGGUAGAUUAAAUACCCCAAAACACUCAUUUAUCUUAUGGUUAGCAAUUCAGGGAAGGCUUCGCACUAAAGAUACAUUGAGGAGAAUGGGAAUGAAUAUUGAUGAGCAUUGUGAAUUCUGUUCUACACAGAAUGAAAGUGCAGACCACUUGUUUUUCCAAUGUAGGUUAUCUGCUGCCUGCUUACAGGGAAUAAAACAGUGGUUGUCAUGGAAGGUUUCAGCUGAUACUUUGUCCACUCUAACCAGGUGGAUUGGAAGAUCAAAGAUCAGCAAGUUUAGGAAAAACUUACUAGCUGCUGCUCUUGCCUGUUUAGUGUAUACCCUGUGGAAAAAUCGCAAUCUUAGUGUUUGGGAAAAGAAGAAACCGAAUGCAGAAAAGAUGAUUAUAGGAAUGAGAAGUGAAGUGCUCCAACGAGUUGCUGCAGUGUGGCCGAAAACAGUUACUGUAGAGGAUGCCAAUUGGUUUCACGGCUUAUAA